GAGGCCACACGCCACGUCUGUAGUGCAGAAAGUGUUCUUGAUCACGGGGCGUCUGGGAGGUGGGGGCGGGCACCCAGCCUAUACGUCAGGGCCCACCUCUGUGAGCUGCAGGGCAGGGCCAUGCAUUCAGGAGGGGCAGUAGUGAUGGCUCCGAGGAGCGCCUUGUCUGCCAGAGCUGCCUGCCUUUGCUGUGAGCACAGCCCCAAGACUACCUAAGGGAGUGAUCUGACGGGCGAGGACUUCUGGUGCUUUCUCAGGUGGCCCGCUGCAAGCAGCUGAUCUGUGACCCCAGCUACAUCCCGGACCGUGUGCGGAAGGCUGGCCAAGUUAUCCGCAUCAUCUGUAUCCUUAGCCACCCCAUCAAGAACACCAACGACGCCAACUCCUGCCAAAUAAUCAUCCCCCAGAACCAGGUCAACAGGAAGUCAGACAUCUACGUGUGCAUGAUCUCCUAUGCACACAACGUGGCGGCCCAGGGCAAGUACAUCGCCAUCGCCAGCACUACUGUGGAGACCACGGACCCUGAAAAGGAGGUGGAGCCGGCUCUGGAGCUGUUGGAGCCCAUUGACCAGAAGUUUGUGGCUAUCAGUGACUUGUAUGAGCCCAUUGAUGAUGGUUGUGAGAGCCAGGUAUUCUGUUCCUGCUCCUAUGAUGCCACCACACACUUUGAGACAACCUGCAACGACAUCAAAGACAUCUACAAACGCAUGGCUGGCAUGGCCUUUGACUUUGAGAACAUGAAGCGUAAACAGAACGACGUCUUUGGAGAAGCUGAGCAGUGAUUGUGGCCGCCCCCAGCCCCUGCUGCCCCAGCCUGUGUCUGUUCUCCUAGAGGGCUCCAGCAUCCUCUGCUUCCCCCACCACGUUCCCAUCACCCACCUCAUUGAUCCACUGACCAAAUCCUUAACCCUAGCGAUGGUUUGGGAGAUGGGGGGUUGGAUAGCAUCCUCUUUCUUGGCCCUUCCUUAUCCUAGGAAAAGAGGGUUCCUCUCCUUGUGUGUGUCUCUUCCCCCCACCCCUAAUUCUUCUGCUCUGUUCGGGAAGACAGGGAGGAAAAGGUGACUUCUGCCCCCACCGCUCUUACCCCCACUGUAGUGGCCUUUGGAGAUGCCCCCACCUCCCCCCACCAACUCUUGCGUGUUGGAGAGAAGGGGCCCUCCCAGCACAAAGUUGCAUUCCUCCCCCCUAAUUUAUUCUAAUUUAUUAACUUCGACCCACCCUUUCUGAGCCUGCAGCCUUCCCGUGUGGCCUGGGGGCUGUAGAGUGAGCUGCCCCAGCCCCUCCCAGCCCUUGCCCAGCCUGGGGCAGCGGGGAAGGCUUGGGCGUGGCCCCUUUGGAGGUUGAUUUGCUGUUUUGUUUCUUGUCUUUGUGUUUGUGUUCUGUGGUACUUGCUGAGAGAAAAAGAAAUGUGAGCAAAGCAGAAGGAGGUGGGAAAAUGGACCCAAACCCCAGUGUGCCCUGCCCGUACCUUUCCUUUAGUGGUGGGAAACCCUUAUCUUGCAAAGUGAAUGUGUCCCCUUCCCCACCCUCUAGUGUAUUUCACAGAAAACAAAACCUCCCAAUAAAACGGUUGAAACCUGAA